AUGUCGCCAUCCUUGGAGACCAAGGUCUUAGUUGCUCGGUCAAAGCUUUGCGGAAGCGCCAUUAUCGAAGUCAGGGAUUACGAUGAGGCCCUCCUCGCCAAAUUCGCCGGGGCUCGCUGCGUCCUCGUGGCGACGCCGUCUCCGUCGGGCGGCCGAUGCACUUCAUACAGCAAUUUGAUCAUGAAAAUCAUGAACUGCCUCUCACCAAUUUCGGUGAUGGCUAGGGUUCGCAUUGGGCAUACUCCUGAGGCAGAUGCAUUGGAAUCGAUCGGAUGUCAGUUCAUCGACGAGAGCGAGCUUCUCAGUGUCGCCGACGAGAAAAACUUCUUGAACAAGCAUGAGCUCGGAAUUCCUUGCGUUUGCGGUUGUCAAAACCUCGGCGAGGCGUUAAGGAGAGUCGGAGAAGGUGCGGUGAUGAUUAGGAUUCAGGGAGAGACCUCGAGAACAGGCCAUAUUGCUAAGACCGUGAACAAUCUGAGGUCCGUGAUGCGCGAUGUUGAGUCUCUGAGAGACAUGAAUGGGUGCGCGCUCCGCCACUUCUCUGCAAGGAUCGACGCGCCGUUUGAUCUCUUGGUGGAGACCAAGAGACAGGGGAGGCUUCCGGUCCCGACUUUUGCUGCGGGAGGAAUCUCGACCGCGGACGAUGCGUUACUGCUCAUGCAAUUGGGCUGCGACGGUGUGUUUGUGGGCUCGGAGAUCUUCGAUACCGAGUAUCCGCUCAAGGAAAUUGAGAAUAUAAUAGGAGUGCUCGACUCCCGCGGGGACGGUGGAUUUGGGGAAACUAAUCAGUCCACGGCUGAGAAAGGAUCCACGGCGGAUCAAGGCGUUUGA